ACAAAAGUCACAUGUUUUCAAGGCAACACAUUUAAGAAAUGUAUCAACAGAGAGUCCUACAUCAUUUCUCCAUGUUCAGCUAACAUGAAGAACCAAAAGAUGUCAAAGGCUGCAAGCAUAGCACACAGGAAGCGUUUGCAAGGUGUGCCUUUUGCAACAAAACUAUCGCCAGGGUCCCACCGGAUUGCAGAAACGUCAGAUCUUCACAAAUGCAAGACGGUUAGGCUCAGUGGUCACACACUUAAGCCUGAGCUAGCUGGCCUAAUCGAAAAGACAUUGCAGGAAGCUGAUGUUUCGGGCACAGAGAAAGGCGCACAAAGGACAGAAGAAGACCUUAGCUGUCUUAAAGAGAUCAAGAAGAAAGUGUAUGACAAUAAAAAGGAUAAAGAAAGUGGUCGUGAGCAAGAUGAAUCUGUUAAAGUGGAAAUCAGUGAAAAAACGAAAGCAAAGUCAGAUGCUGAAAUGGAAGACGUUCUUCUGGAGAUGAAGGCAAACUUGUCAUUUGUGGAGAUUGAUUUGAGAGAUAGAGUCGAAGAGAAAACUGAAGAAAUCUUGACAGAGGAGAAGCAGCAUGAAAAGGAAGAGGAAUCUCCUGAAACGCUACCUGAAAGCAGCUGGCUGUGUUGUUUCCCCAUCUGGACGAGGCAGAAGAAGCGGAAGGAAAAACAGGAGUAGCCACAAAAUGGACUCCAGCUUUUUAGAAUACAAGGCCCAAUAUGAAAUGGAAGGAAGACCAGUGCGGAAUGGUCAGCUGAUGAAUAGGCGAUGAAUAAACUCAAAUUCAGAACUAGA